AUGCCCCCGCCCCUGCUCCCCCUCCUAGUCCUCUCCGCCCUCUCGCCGGUCGCCUUCGCCAAGGGCCGCAUAACCGAGUGGCCCCUUGCACUCCUGAACCCACCCAAACCCCAUUCUCAACAUUCCGAGUUCCCGCCGGGCGAUGGGGUCCCGGUCGUUGACCCCCCGGCCCACACCGCCGGCUACUUCAAGCUUGACUACAAGGCCAACGCCUCGCUGUUCUACUUCUUCUUUGAGAGCCGGUCCCAGGCGCCGGACGACCCGCUAGUACUUUGGACCAACGGUGGCCCGGGAUGCGCCAGCGAGCUGGGCGUCUUCUUCGAGAACGGCCCGUACCGACUGCACGAGAACAUGACCCUGAGCAUGAACCCCUGGGGUUGGGACCUGGGGGCCAACAUGAUAUUCAUCGACCAGCCCGUGGGGACUGGAUUUUCGACGGCCGGGGCGGCCGAGGACGCGGUGAGGUGCGAGGAUGCGGUGGCGCAGGACGUGUCGCGCUUUAUGUGGGCGUUCCUGGAGGCGCGGCCGGAGUUCGCGGACAGGGACUUCUACGUGACCGGGGAGUCGUACGGGGGAAAAUAUGUGCCGGCGAUCGCAUUUUGGAUCCAAGAGUGGAACAAGGGCGGGGUGGGCCCCCACAUCAACUUGAAGGGCCUCGUGAUUGGAAACGGUCUUACUGACCCCGCCAUUCAGUACGGCGCCUAUGGCGAGUACGCCCUGCAGAACAACCUCAUCAGCAAGUCCGCGGCUGAGACCAUGGCCAUGGCCUACCCCCUGUGCAAGAUGGCUGCCGACGCCUGCACGAAGACCCAGUUCGUCACGCCCUGCUAUGCUGCGCUGGAUUACUGCAAGGCGACGCAGUAUGAGCCCAUUAUCGUGAACAAUCCAGGCAUCUACACCUAUGACAUCCGGCUACGUUGCGCCAACACCAGCUUGUGCCCACCCCAGGUGUCGCGCCUGCGCAGCUACCUCAACACUCCCGAAAUUCAGAGGAAGCUCGGGGUGAGCAAGCCAUUCCACGAGUGCAACAGAACGGUGCAGUCCGACAUGAGAUGGGAAUGGAUGUACGGCGUGGACGCCUGGUUGGCGCCCUUGCUGGACGACGGAAUCAAGGUGCUCAUCUAUGCGGGCGACCAGGACCUGCUGUGCAACUGGGUGGGCAACCGGGUGUGGGUGGACAAACUGCGCUGGAGCGGCUCGGAGGCGUGGCUGGCUGGGCAGGACAGGGAGUGGAGCGUGGCGGGCACUCCCGCCGGCAUGGCCAAGAGCGUGGGGCCGCUGACGUUCGUCAAGGUGUACCAAGCAGGGCAUUUUGUUCCAAUGGACCAGCCGGAGCAUGCGUGGCGCAUGUUCAACACGUUUUUGGAAGAUGGCCCCUGGUACACCCGGGAGGAGGAACAGUCACGUGACGGAAAGGAUGAGCAACUGUUCUACGUCGCCACCUGA